GAAGACGCUCAUACAAUCAUGAGGCUGAGAGCUCCAAGCCCCACACACAAGCUCCGCGCUGCACCCCACCAUCCCGCAUCUUCAACACUUCCGACAUCCACACCUCUCGCUCAAGAACAACAGCCAACAUGGCAACAAUCACAGAGACCUCAACAUUCCAAUUCCCACCGCACUACUCCUUCCCGCCCUUCUUCACCCUCCAACCCGUCGCCACAACGCGCUCCUCCCAACUCCAAUCCUGGUCAACAUUCAUCCAAUCUUACUGCCGACACCACCGCAACUUCUCGCUCUCGCUCAUCGACGCGCUCUCUACGCCCCUCUUCCACAACACAACACUCUCCCGGCAACUCUCGCUGCGCGACGCCAAAGCAAUCCUGACAUGGAUGGCAUCCCCCGAGGGCGGGCAGCGCGCGGAAUUCAUAUCCUCUGGCUCCAAGAAGAAAGCUGUUGAUGAGGGCGAGGGCGGGCGCGUGUGGGUCUACUGGCGCAGACCGGAGGAGUGGGCACAGCAGUUGGAGGAUUGGGUCGAUCGGACGGGGCAGAAGGGCGUGGUGCUUACGCUGUAUGAGAUUGUGGAGGGAGAGGCGAGUACACGCGAGGAAUUUGCGGGGAUGGAUAUGGAUUUGCUGAGGACGAGUUUGGGGGUUUGUGUUAAGAGGGGGAAGGCACAGAUCUUCAGCAGUGGGGGCGAGGGCGAGGGUGUGAAGUUUUUCUAGAGAGGAAUGACGAGCGUGUUCUUUUGAAGAGAAGGUCGGACAUCUGCUGGAGCACGGCGUUUAGGUUGGGAAUACCCGGGAAAGAGCGAUGGAUUAUAUUUGCAUCUGCAUCGCGAGGCUGUUAUCAGCGUCGAUACAACUAUCAAUACGAACACAUCAAUGUCCUCCUUCCAGAAU